AUGCCCUCGGUUACAGGAACGAGUAGAGCCUUCACAACUGCUGAUACUAAAGAAAGAACUGGUAACCGUGCCGCUAAAAUUGAUCGUACUAUUGCGAAAAAUGAUGGUCAGGAAAGUAUCCCUAUGAUUGAAAAAGCACAGAUUGAUGGAGACAUGUCAUUCUGUGAGCUAUGGUCACUCGCGUAUGACACACCGAGCAGUGAUAUGAAGAAAUUACAUCAGGCCCUUCUUAAUCUUGGUAUUAAGGAUGCAACAGAAGAGAUGAGGGCACCUGAAGUAUACAAUCUUCUCUGCAAGUGGAAAGAUGAACAUAGAAGAGAUAAACAUGCCCACGAACUUCAAUCAGCGUUGCAAAGUGCAAAUUUGGGGACGCGAUGGCAGAAUCUAUGUGAGCAGCGAAAACGAACCGAUGAAAAGGUUUCACGGGCAACAGUAGAACAGAUAAUACUAGACAUUGCAGAUCCCCAGAAAAUUCAAGACCUUCUUCGCAAGCUUUAUGCUGGUCGAGCUGAUUUACCUAGGUUACAUGGAAAAAUAAAAGACCAAAAUGAAGCAAUAGAGUUGUUCAUGGAAUGGCAGUGCAGCAGGUUCGGUGAAAACCCGAAUGCUGCCCUAAGCCUUGCUUUAGCUAAGUCUGGAUGCUUAGAUAUCAGCAAAAACUUUUUCGCCGGAAUGCUUUCGUUCGCCGAAAUUUGGAAAUUGAGCCGGAUGAUGGGUGAAAAUGAGCGAGAAGCAAGUGCCACUCUAGAAACGUUAUCACUGGAAGUGGGAGAUAGGCUGACGGAAGAAGAGAUAUAUUACAUUCUGUGUGAUUGGAAAGAGAAAAACACUACGGCCAAUCAAGGAAAACUUUUACUCGAUGCACUAACGAAGGCUAAUUUCAGGGAAGCAUGGAAAGAUAUAAUGGGUGCGUCCCCUGAAGAGAUUUACAAAUAA